UCCCCGAGCUCUACUAAACGAGCCACGGUGUCGGCGGCUGGAAGGAGGACAACGACGGGGAGGUUUUUUUCGUAUUCUCGCAAGAAUUAGUGGCUAACCUUUCCUUCCUCUCCCUUCUCCCUAAUCUGGAAACCGCGCCGUUUCGUUCUGGGAAGUAGGUGGAAAAAGAUGGGGAUCCUGGCUUGCGAAACUUACUAGGAAUUCAGGCUGAAGAAGGGGGUCUUCCCUUAGGAGCGGCUCAUUGGACUUAGUUACGGGCCUCCAGGAUUUGGCCAAUGAGCCUGGGCGGGCUGGAGGGUGUUCAUAGUAAGGAAGUUCUCGGGAAGUUAAGGAGAUAGCAAAUAAAUUCAGACCCCACUUUACUUUUGUAAGGACGUGGGCCCUUUACUUAAUGACAAGGCAGCCUUGACCCAAGAGUCCACUGCUUAAGUACUUCAGGUGACUACUAUUAGGGGACCCCUGUUUAAAAAUCUGCAAGUGAACUAGUUUCUUUCCAAAACUUUUUGUUUUUGAAAAGUUCAGCUUCUUGCCUAUUUACAAACUCGGGCUUAUUUGUAGUUUUACCCCUUUAAUCAACCCUUUUGGGCAAUUUAUAUCGUAAAACUAGGAGUUAAUUGACACCUGGAAUUAAGGAAGAGCAGGUGUUUAGUUUAAAAAACCUUAUCUUUCCUUCCUACUUGUGUGGGAUCAGAGGAUAUUUUGACAAAAAGUUAUUUUUCUCCAGUUUGAAAGGUGGGCUCAACUCAGUUUUAGAUCUAUUUCUGAGACAGCUUUAUCUUACUAUAUGUUUGCAUGUUAUUUUAGAAUCCGGCAUUCAUAGAGCAGCCCCCAUCUAUCCUCAUGUAAAGAGACAAGUGGGUUGAAUGUAGGACGUAGGUAACAAAAGAGAAAAUAGCCCUUCCAUCGUGGUGUGUGGGUGUCUUGAAGAUUUGGGCUUUUUGGAGGAUUCCUCCCUCUUUAAGCACAGUGGAGAAGGAAUGCCAAACCCAGAGAGACAUGGGGGCAACGUGGGAGGAGGGGAGUCUUUGCAUCAAGGUGCAGUGUCCAGCAGUGGGAGCUCAAACAGAGAGAGGCACCGGAUUUCUAAGCAUAAAAGACACAGAUCCAAGCAUUCCAAAGAUUCACUAUUGGGGUCCCAAGAAGGAGGUGCAACACUGUAUCCUCACGACGACCAUCAGUCAGUCCUCCAUAUAAGGAACCUGCCUACCAAUCCAAUAUAUGUUCUCCCAGCCCUUAUGGCAGGAGACAGCUGUCAGUCAGCCCAUACAGCAGGAGGCGUUCAUCCAGCUUUGAAAGGGGAAGUGGUUCAUAUAGCGGAAGAUCCCACAGCCCAUUCAAUCGAAGGAGCUCCAGCAGUCCUUUUGUUUCCAAGCGGUCUCUGAGCCGUAGUCCUGUUUCCAGGAAACCCAUGAAAUCCCGAAGCAGAAGUCCNUCAAGUGAUGUCAUUGGAUCUGAUCGCUUUUCAUCUUUUUGCACCCAAAGAACUCUAGAAGGGUAUGACAUCAAAUUUUAG